AUGUCGCCAAGACCAUCGCAUGAGUUGUACAAAAAACCUCUGCGUGCAACACUCAAGGUCCAUAUAGCUUCAGCUUUGGUAACUUGUUCGCCAAAAUUAAGUGUUGUAAGUACAUUGAAAAUUUUUAUCUGUUGUACCUCGGCUCAACCACCGUUUCAUUUGAACACCGUCAUUGUUAGAACGUUUCAGCCAAUCAAGACUAAAUUUUGUAUCUUUUGGCAUAAAUUAUUACUUCAAGUUUAUGAGGAAUUAGUGAAAACAUUUUAUAUCAAAGAUAAGAUUAUUCGUCUUGUCACUGAUAGUGCUUUUAAUGAUAUUAGUUCUUUUAGAAAUCUUAUUAUUCUCGGUUUCGAACAAUACUUCAUCGACGAUGAUGAUAACGAAAUAGUCGAAGAGGAUGGAGAUAUUAAAUGUAGUGAUGGAACACUUAGUGAAGAGCAUGAUGAACCUGAAUAUAUUUCUUUAUUAGCAACAUCAAACUCUACACCUGGUGAAUUAACAGCAAAAGAUUUGAUUGAAAAUUCAUUUCGUAAUUUGUUGGAGAAUAAUACAUCCGCACACCUUACUUUGCUCACACAAUUCGAUUGA